UUUGCUAGACUCCAUGGUGUGAACGGUCUUAUUGUGAAACUCGCUCUAAAUAACCAGCUCAAGUUAACCUAACAACACUUCUCAUUCUGAUUAUUGUUAUUUAUUGAUUGUUUUGUCGGGAAAUUAUUGAACAGUUGUAUGAGUAUUAUUGAAAAAGCUUGAAUUUUUCAUAUUCAUCUCUUGUCUGUGUUUGUUUGGAAUAGAUAUUUACAGGUAACAGUAGAAGCUGAUUUAACCGUUUAUCUCCAUUAUUAUAAAGAUUUUCAAUAACAUGGAAAAUCAUGAGUGUCUGCACUCAACGCUUAUUUCCCGAGAAGUUGAACAUUUUCAAAAGCUUGACACUGUUAUAAUUGCAUCGGUACCAUUAGUUAUAGGGGUUAUUAUUGAGAUCGUCGGAAUUAUUUUUGUUUCUCUAUGGUCAAAAGAAUAUGACAAGUGUGAAUCCUACUUCAUUAUUUUAUAUUUGCACGGUGGAUAUUGGUUUGUUAUUAUGAUCGUGGAUCAUAUAAUUAAAUCGAAGCAUCAUAACUUACGCAUAUGUGGAUACUUAGAUUUUUAUCAAUCUACUUAUCAACAUAUCAGAACGCCACUAUUUAUUUCUUCGCUUUGGAAUACGACAUAUCUCUUACUGGCCACAAUCUUGAAUCAUACUCAUAAAUCUAAUUUUGAGAAUUAUUGUCGUUCAUCAAAAUGGUUUGCACCAAUCAACUAUAUGCUUUUACUCACUACUUUGGAACUAGUAAUCAUUAUUCCUGUUUAUUUGAAUUACAUAAAACGUGUUCGCCAAUUCAAUCGUCUGCGACCAUUGCCAGAUGUGAUAAAAGAAGAAUGGCUUGCAAAUUUUGCCCAUGAUUCGUAUGCCAGUAGUGCUGAAGUUGGAUAUCAUGAAAAAGGCUCCAAUUUUUUAGAAUUACUAGAGAAACAAGCUGAUUUAAUAAGGUAUCUUCGAGAUCAUAAUGUAAAAUUAAGUCAUCGUAUGAUGUUACUUGCAUCAUCUCAAAGAUGUUUAAAUGAUACGUGAAUUUGAAUAAAAAUUAUUUCUUUAUAAUAGA